AUGGAGAUAAAAUUGGUGAAAUCCAUAGCAAAGGCCGAUUUGUGGUCGGAAUUGGUUCUAUUCAUAAAAAAGGAACUCGCUAUACUCUCAGAGGAAGAGGAUUUAGAACUUUAUGAGAAAAAAUAUCCAAAACCUAAACCACUUAGUAAAGAAGUUCAGUACUUCCAAAAGAAAGAGAAAUUAGAAAUCAAGGCUGGUCUAAGAAUUACCGAAGCCCUCAACUUUGAUUUAAGUUUAGAGCAUAGAGAAAACCACAAGUUUUUAGAGCAAGUAAAAAAGGAAAUGAAUUUACCUAAUAAUGUUGAGUUAUCCCCUCAUACUCUAAGAAGAUGUUUUGCUACUUAUCAAGCCAUUUCGGGAAUGCCUUUGCCUGUAUUGCAGAAAGUGUUGGGACAUAGUAAAGUUUCGACUACUGCCCUUUAUAUUCGGGAUGGAGAUUUAAGCAAUUUGCCCAAAUUAGCCAGUAAUUCAGCAAUCCAAGACUUAAAACAACAAGUCAAUCACUACCAAACUCUUUAUCAAAAAAGA